CAGCCAUGUCGGUGAGCCUGCGGUUCCUGUCCCCCGGGGACGCGGAGACCGUGGGCGCCGUGAGCCGCAGCGCCUCCUUCGCCAGCUUCGGCGUCCAUGGCCGGAGGAGCUGGAAGUCCAGCGGCAGGAACUCGGUGAGGUCGCGAAUGUUCACGAGGCCCUCCAAGGUGUACGGCACGCUGCGCAGGGGCUCGGUCCUCCUGGACCCCCGGCCCCAGCAGGUGAAGAGGAUGUUCGAGGCUCUGAAGAGAGGCCUCAGGGAGCACCUGCGUGUGCAGCAGGCCGAGCUGGACUCGCUGUGGGGACGCCACCCGGACACCCAGAGGAGCUCCCGGCUGGCUUUCUAUUACGACCUGGACAAGCAGACGCGCUUGGUGGAAAGGUACAUCCGGAAGAUGGAGUUCUACAUCAGCAAGGUGGACGAGCUCUACGAGGGCUACUGCAUCCAGCAGCGCCUGCGCGACGGCGCCUCCAACAUGCGGCGGGCCUUCUCCAGCGGCCCCGCGAGCCGCGCCUCCCGCGACAGCCUGCAGGAGCUGGGCCGCAGCCUGCAGGAGUGCACGGAGGACAUGUGGCUCAUCGAGGCGGCCCUGGAGGUCCACCUGGGGGAGUUCCUCGUCCGGAUGAAAGGCUUGGUGGGCUACGCGCGCCUCUGUCCCGGGGACCAGUAUGAGGUGCUCAUGCGCUUGGGCCGCCAGCGCUGGAGGCUGAAAGGCCGGAUCGAGUCCGCCGACAGCCAGACCUGGGAGGAGGAGGAGAAGGCCUUCGUGCCCAGCGUGCACGAGAGCCUGGAGAUCAAGGUGACCGAGCUGCGCGGCCUGAGCUCCCUGCUGGUGGGCGCCGCGGCCUGUGACACCGCCGACUUCUUCACCACCCAGCCGCAGGUCAUCGUGGUGGACGUCACCGAGCUGGGCACCGUCAAGCUGCAGCUGGAGGUGGUGUGGAACCCCUUUGGCUCCGACGGCAUCCUGGUGUUGCCCAGCCCCACGGGCAAGUAUUCUCUGGGCAGCAGGAAGGGUUCAUUGUACAGCUGGACGCCCCCAAGCACCCCCAGUUUCCGGGAGAGAUAUUUCCUGCAGCCGGCCCUGCCGAGCACGCCCAGGGCCACCUCCGUCCUCGCCCGCCUGACCAACGGCGCCCUCCAGAGCCCGGGCCCGGAGCCGCUGGGGACGGACGCCUUCGGCUCGGAGGACCGCGGGGAGGAGGCCCACCCUUCGGCGUCCGCCCCGGACGGGGGCUUCCUGCCCUCGGGGGUCAGCCCUGCCCCCUCUGGGGAGGAGGCCGGGGCCGCCCCGCUGUCCCUGGGCCUCCUGCCCGAGAGGGCCCGCCCGCCGGGGACCCCGGUCCCCGAGCCGCCCGGCCGGAGGGGCCUGGGGGUGGACGGCCGCACCCUGCCCGGGGGCCCCCCGUUCCACAACCAGGAGGAAGAAGACGGGGAGCGGGAGCUGGCCGGGCCCGCGGGGGGCCCCGCGAGGCCCCUGAAGGAGGUGCUGGAACUGCUGAGGGCCGCGGGCCCCGCGCGGCCGCCGCUCCGCGAGCUCGAGUACCAGGUCCUGGGCUUCCGGGACCGGCUGCAGCCGUGGGGAGCGCGGGCCUCGGCCGAGAGCCUCAUGGACUGCAUCCUGGAGAGCUUCGCCUUCCUGCAGGCCCACCUCGCCCCGGACGAGCGGGCGCUCUUCGCGGGCUCCCUGGGGGCCGGGAAGGACGGGGCCCCGCCCUCCCCCGCCUCGCUCACCAGCUCGUCGGGGGAGCUCCCUGCUGGUGACCCCGAGCUGGAUGGGGAGCUCACUGCUGGUGACCCCGAGCUGGAUGUGCUGCUCACCGUCCACCUCCAUGUCUGCAAGGCCCUGCUGCAGAAGCUCCAAUCCCCUAACUUGUCGGCCCUGGUCCGAGACUGCCUUCUGGAAGAAGCGGAGCAGCAGAGGCAGGUGCUGGAGCUGCUGGCUGACCUCGACUUCCAGAAGGCCAGCACGGCCACGUGUGUGGAGGAGAUCCUCCCGCAGGCCGCGUGCCGGAGGGACGCCCUGCUGCUCUGGGGGCGCUGCACGCAGCCCGGCCGCCCCCUGUCCUGCCCGGCCCGCGCGCUCCGGAGCCAGCUCGAGAGGACGCUCCUGCCCCGCGCGCGCCUGCGCGGGAAGAGCCCGGGGCAGCUGGACGCAGUGUGCCGCAGGCUCCUGGAGCAGGUGGCGAGCUGCGGCGGGCUGCUGCCCGCGGCCGGGCUCCCGGGCGAGCGCACGGUCACGUGGUUCCAGUGGCUCGGCUACCUGCGCCGGCAGCGCGUGGCCGAGCUCGACCAGCACCUGGCUCAGCUCUGCAAGGAAGUGGCCCUCGGGGAGGAGCUGAGCCGCCGGCAGGCCCGGGCCCUGCGGAAGCUGAAGGGCCGGCGGCUGGGCCGGCUCCAGCCCCUGCCCCACACCCUGCGCGCCUGGGCCCUGCUGCAGCUGGACGGGCCCCCGAAGCUGCGCAGGGCGGCCAGGGCGCGCCUGGCGGGCGCUGCCGGCAACAGGAGCUUCCGGGAGAAGGCUCUGAUCUUCUACACCAAUGCCCUGGCGGACAGCGACCCCAAACUCCAGCAGGCCGCGUGCGUGGCGCUCCAGCAGCUCAGGGGCGUGGAGAGCCUCGAGCAGCUGGCCGGCCUGUGCCAGUCGGAGCUGGAGGCCGUGCGCGCAGCGGCGCGGGAAGCCACGCUGUCGUUCGGAGAGAAGGGGCGCGCGGCCUUGGAGAAGAUGGCCGGGCUCUGCGGCCAGGACGCCGACGUGGAGAUCACCGUGUUUUAA